UCGUCACAAAUGUGUGCGAAGCCCGCCUCCGGAAUGGCAGCUUUCUGACAAAGUUAACGGAAUACUUAGUUAAUUGUUAAAGAAAUGUGAAAUUGCUAAACAGAAAUAGCUUUUUAAAGAUAAUGUUGACCUUUUUACUCUUGAACAAUUGUUGGAAAUUUGGUAAUGAAGAAGUAUGUAUUUGAUAGAGCAACAAGUUUUAACCUGGACUUCCUAAUACAGCGAUACAAAGGAUUACUGCCUGGCUUAAUAAAGUAGUGGUGGUGGUGCUGAGAAACCUCUAACGGAGUUGUACUUUAUCUGGCCCAGACUACUUACCUGGAGUGAAAUAUAAAACUCACCUGGUACUUAAAAAGCAUCUCAGGUACACUGUUGAUGUGUUUCUAUGGUAACAAAAUGGCUGCAGUGAAGUGUGUUAUAGUUUACGAUGGAGUGUUUUGGACAUUUCACUAUGGCUGGUGAGAAUAGAAACGGUUUGGUCAGGAAUGUGGAGCACAUUUUGAAAAGCAACUGUAACAAAAUAUGUAGACGUUAUUGAACAAGAUUGGACCUCUCUCUGGAAUAGUGUAUUUGUGGUGUCUGUAUACUUUCGUAGCAUUAUCUGUGUGUGGUAUUUAUGAUUUUCGUUGGAUUAUAUAUAAUAUGAAAUAUGGGAGCACCUAUACGUCAGCUGUUUCUCCUUCUUACCCUGGAUCUAUACUCUCAGAUGACCGAUGCCCAGCAAUCCGUUCUUAAGUACAAGUUACGGGAAGAACAAUCCAAGGAAACUUUUGUCGGAAAUGUGGCACGUGAUAGUCUUUUAUAUGGAAAUGUAACGGAACAAGAGUUUAGCCGAAUGAGAUUUCAGAUUCUUACACAAGGUAACCAUGAUGCUUCAAAUUUUCAAAUAAACGAGACAUCAAGCUCUUUAUUGACGAAGGUGGUGCUGGACAGAGAAACACUUUGUCCUGAUGAGGUGGCAUGUAUUCUGGAAUUUAAUGUGGCCGUGUACAAACAGCUCGGCACCAACCAGCUCGACCUCCACCAGAUCAUCCCAAUACAGGUCACUGUAGACGACGUCAACGAUAACUCGCCAGUGUUCCCCGCAUCAGAGGUGGCCUUGACCGUGUCAGAAGGUGUUCAAGUAGGUCACGUCAUACUGACCUCUGGGGCUAUUGACCGUGACACUGGCCAGAACAACUCUAUACAGUCUUACGAACUUGUGCCAUCCAACGAAAUGUUCGGUCUUAUUCAAGCUUCAGAUUUGGGUGGAGGCAGUGACAUUGGAUUGAAAGUUCGCUUUAAAUUAGAUCGAGAAACACGUGACUUUUAUGAAUUAAAAGUAAUAGCAAGUGAUCGUGGGUUCCCCGUUCGCACAGGAAGUGUUAAAAUCAACAUUACUGUUACAGACUUCAAUGACAAUAGCCCAGCAUUCUCACGUGCUAACUACAGUACCACCAUUCCGGAGAACAAGGCUGUUGGAUCCACCAUUCUCAUCGUGUCUGCUACCGAUUUUGACACUGCCAACAAUGCCAAGCUCACUUACUCCUUCAGCUCGCGUGUGUCACAGAAAGUACAGCACAAGUUUUCCAUCAAUUCUACAUCAGGUCAGAUUUCUGUGAUUGCACCCCUCGACUAUGAGCAGGACACCCAGUACCAGUUUCAGGUGGUUGUAAGAGACCAAGGUCAGCCACCAUUAUCGGCGUCUGCCAGCGUUACCGUUGAUAUACAAGACCUCAACGACAAUGCACCACAAAUCAACAUCAACCUAUCACCAGCCGGCACUGACAUCUCGGAGGCCGCUGCUGUUGGUCAGUAUGUGGCUAGUGUUGCUGUGUCUGAUCGUGACAGUAAGGCUAACGGAAACGCACGAUGUCAAGUCAUGGGCAACAACUUCAGACUGGAGGAGAUUUAUACUAAUAUGUACAAGAUUCUCAUCCAAAACAAGCUUGAUUAUGAAACGGAUAAGUUCCAUAAUGUUACAGUGAAUUGUCAGGACCAGGGUGUACCUCAGCAACAGAAUACCACCAGCUUCUUCAUCCGUGUCCAGGACGUUAAUGACAAUGCACCAGAAUUUACUAAAACAAAGUACCAGGUGACCAUGCAGGAGUCUAACGACCCUGGGGCUUACGUGAAGGAGGUGAUCGCUACAGACAAGGAUAGUGGUAACAACGGGCGUGUGUCCUACUCCCUUGAGCCCGACGGUCAGUCCUUCUUCUCCAUCGACCCCACUAUGGGGACUAUAUCUGCGAUUGUGUCCCUUGAUCGUGAGUUACGGCCAGUAAUUCGGUUCCAUGUGACAGCCACUGACCAAGGAGACCCCCAGCUCAGCUCCUCUACAGUAGUCGAGGUCAUACUAGGUGAUAUCAACGACAAUACACCCACGUUUACGCAACAAAAAUUCCACUUCCAUGUGCUGGAAAACCAGGACCGUGGGCCCAAGGUCGGCACACUGACAGCUGAGGAUCAAGAUGCUGGUGCCAAUAGCCAGUUUAGUUUUGAUUUCGUGCCGCCCAUUCCAGCUGAUUUUCGGCUAAACCAGGAUACUGGUGUCAUUACGGGGUACACAAAACUGGACCGCGAGUUACAGAAGAUGUACAAUUUCACGGUGAUGGUAACAGACAAGGGUACGCCCCGUCGGUACAGCACAGCCCAGGUCACUGUCGAAGUCGAAGAUGACAACGACAACAUCCCAGUCAUUGUUCACCCCAACAACUUCAACAACACUGUGUACCUCCCGUACACUGUAAAUGCAGGUACACUGAUCAGUCAGGUUGAGGCGUAUGAUAUUGAUGAUGGGGAUAAUUCACGUCUUCGUUACUACAUCGACACAAUCGACCCACCAAACUCUGGUGAUGUGUUUAGUAUGGGGCUUUUUAGUGGUAGCCUAGUCGUAGCCCGAAAGUUACAGCUCUACGACGCAGACUCUUACCGACUUGUAUUGUCAGUCAAAGAUGGUGGACUCAAUGAGCUUAAAUCUUACACAAAUCUUAACGUGAUCAUCACCGUUAGUAACAACACUGUGUUACCAGUACCUGGUAACGAUGACACUGGAAUGAACAUUAUAAUUGUCGUCAUCAUUGUCGUCGUUACAGUCGUGUUGUCUAUAGCUAUCGUCGUCACUAUCAUAAUCAUACGCAGGAUUGACGGAAGUCGCCAGGAAAACAACAAUCAUGCAAAAAACGAGGCACAAAAGAUAAUAGCAGCUACUGCUAAAAUGCAUGAGACUAUGUCUACAGACUCUUCAAACAAUUCGGAUGAUCCGUUAAAAAAGAAAAAUAAGAAAGAAGUGAGUUUUUCUCUCAGUGAUGAAACAGACUCUAUUAACACUUCUACAUUGACAAAUUUAACGACAUUUUCAACUUUUAAAAAUCCACCGUCAACUUUAGAUGGAAGUAAAUCGCUGGAGAAACCACAAGCGUCCAGUUCACUGCUGACUGCUAGCAAUCUCCAAGCGUCAGACGACAGUUACGACAAAAAAUAUGAUCUGAGUAAUGAUAGUUACGACAGAAAAUAUGAUAUAAGUCGAUUGUACAGUCCAAAUCACCUUCACCCCCAGUCUCCUAGUCAAGAAACAAGAUGGCUACAACAACUGAAGCAAGAUGAGGCAAACCAUAUCCGGGACAUGUUAAAGAAGGGUGAGGACGCAGGCAGUGAGAUGUCUGCCGAGUCGGCUACCAGUGACAGUGGGCGGGGCGGGAGUGAGGAGGACGUUCACAGUAACCGGGGACAUGCCUUCUCUGACAAUGAAGAGCCACGCCAAAAUAUCCAAAGUGAUCUGAAGAGCUCAGACUUUUCCCGCCAAAACUCAUCUAGACAUUCGAAUGCAUUACAUUCCAACUAUCAAGAUAUUCCUGGCAAGGCAGCACCCCCUGGUGAUGGUUACCAUAGAAACAUCAGUUUCAGUGAUGACAGUGUCAAUGCCAACACGACUGUAGACAGCUGUAAACACCCGGCCAAACAUCGGGGUGCAAGUCCCCACAAAAACUUGUCUUCAUUUUCGCAAUAUGGUGGCAGUAGAUUUCGUGAUCACAGCAAUAGAUCUCAACUAGACACUCUCAACGAAAGUAGUGCGUUUGGUCUUAAUUAUUCGUUAGCGGACAUCGAUGACACAAUAAGUGAAAGUGUUGCGACACGUGACGAUGAUGGCGACAGUACAACAACAUCAGGGAGCUACACAAUCAACCCUGAUGAACUUCGACACGAGAUUGAUAAUCUCUUCUUCAACGAUGUCAUUGUAUGAUUUUAGUGAAAUGACUUAGUGAAGUUUCAAAAGUGCCAAAAUAUUGCCCCUAACCCAAUAACUCCCUGUCUCAAAAUCAUACUUAGAUUUGUAGCUCCUUUCAGAAUGUGUCGGCCAUUUGUAUUACCAUGGUGACUUGUCCUACCUUGUUUGGUGCUGUAUGAAAGAGGUGAUUGUAAGAUUCCUAGAAAUGUUAUUUUCUUCUACGCUGCAGAAUUACCUGUGGUAACUAUAGAGAUGGAAUUUCAUGAAUCGUUUUUACUGAUGAGGAGUUUGAAACCUCUUGGUUCCUACACAGAACAACUCCAACCACCUCCGACCUUAUACUUACAAUCUUUAGUGGUCAUACAGCUCCCUAAAACUCGCCAAAAGUGCUAUAAAUGAACAAAAUGUUUGUAAAAUAAUUUAAUCCAUCACAAAUUGUUAGAUAAUAAUUCAUUCAUAGAUGUUUUGUUCUUUCUGUGAGGAACAUUAAGUGAAGUGGUAACUAAGCAUCCAUUUCGCUUCCAUUGGAAGUACUCUGUCCUUGUAGAGGGACUUUGUCCUUGUAGAGAGUUAGAUGUUUGUUAUUAUAGUCCCAUAUUGCCAUGAAACAAAAUCAGAAAUAUAAACAGUAUGUGCUAUAGUCGUCCUAUCCUAAACUUCCCAUCUAGUCAAAUAACCAUUAACACUGAAAAGUAUCGCCUUUACUCUCGCCCGCCUAACUACGAGUAUAUAACCUACACAGGGUCCUGUGCUGUUUUCUCACCCGUCUAAUUACGAGUAUAGAACCUACACAGGUUCCUGUGCUGUUCUCUCACUUGUCUAAUUACGAGUAUAGAACCUACACAGGGUCCUGUGCUGUUCUCUCACCCGUCUAAUUACGAGUAUAGAACCCACACAGGUUCCUGUGCUGUUGUCUCAAUUGUCUAAUUACAUGUGUAGUAAACCUACACAGGAUCCUGUAAGUAUAGUGCUAUGUUAUACCAAGUCAGAAAACCUCAUGGAGUCUAGUUAUACGAAGUACAGGACAGAAAACCUCAUGGAGUCUAGUUAUACGAAGUACAGGACAGCAAAGAGCAGUGAAAGAUCGGAAAAAGCAGAAAGAAAAAAGAAUAAAUCAUAUAAUUUCUGCAGAUUUUCCUGGAGAAACAUCUAAGAUAGACAUAAUUCUCCCUCCUGACAUCUAGUUAUCCCUAUCUAGGCCUGUGUGAGAAAAGUUGAUACUAUAUUUGUAAUCCUCAGGGCUUGUAAAGCAUCUCACCUGUGACUCGAUCACCUGUAUAAUCUAGUAUUUGUUUCCUUACGUGUUUGUCUGUUUAUCUGUUUGUCCAAUCUUGUUCAGUCCGUUGUUUUUAGUUUUAGACUGAUGUUUCUGUCCUAAAAUACUUCAAUAAUAAUCUGAGAUUAUACCCUGAAAAGGCCACCCUACUUUUAUUUUGAAAUUUGUCUUAUGACAGAACUUUUAUUCAGUAGCAAGCAUUGUCACAUAUUGUGCUUGUUGUGAAGACUUUUACCUGUAAAUGCCUGAUUUUGUGAAAAUAAUCAAAAUUUGUCCUAGAAUGUGUACAAAUGCAUGCGUCUGUAAAAUAGAGGCAACGAAUAUAUGGUUGCUUGUCAUUGAGCGACCGUGUUCUGGCUGUUAUGCGCUCGGUGUGAUUUUAUUAGACACGCCAAGCUGUAUUAUUAAAUACACCCUGUUGUUUUUAUACACAAUUUAUUACUAUAUUUAAUGUAUUUUGUUGAAUCAUUUGUAUAUAUUAAAACUGUGUCCAUUGCUGGCAUUUUAACAUGAACCAAAAGGUGAAAAAAUAAAUCUAAAUAUAAAAUA